AUGUCGAGCUCAUUGCUUAUCACUCACUUUCAGAUUUAUCUGGUUGGUUUUCAGUUGUAUCUUUCGAAAAUGAAAUGUUUUCUUCUAGCUUCUGUUUACAAAAAGUUGUUUGAGAUGGCCCCCCUGCACACGGAACUCAAAGUUGAUGAUCCUUCCUUGAUACGAGAAGGCGAAUUUUUGGACAUUUUUUACGUCAAUCGCAUGAUCAGUGUAGGGGGAUUCGGACAGGUUUGAUUUUUAAAAUCGAGAUUUUUUUGUUAGAAAAAAAGAAAAUAAUUUUAUCUUUUGAGUUUUUAAGUUUGAGAAACAAUCAAGAACUUCGAAGUUAACGGAAUAAAAGCAUAUAACAAAUUUGAUGAUUUUUUUUUCUUCCACACGUACGUGCACGUGGAAGAGAACGUUUAGGCCUCUUGAGAUCUUUUUCGAAAUCAGAUUUCCUCGAACAAAAUUUUGGGAAACUUUUCAUGCUGAAAGGAUAUUCUCGUCUACCUUCUAGGUCUUCGAUGCAGUCGAAGGGUGUUCAGGCGAAAACGUUGCCUUGAAAGUUGAGUCUCUCUCGGCCUCUGUAAGUUUGGAGGAGAAGUAGAGGCUUGGAAGGGUUUUCAGAUUCAACUUCUCGCUUCUGAGGCACACUGUUUACGCAGUUUAAACCGUGCACACAAUCCUCAAGAAAAGAGUUCCUUUGAGCCGUUCAUACGUUAUUUCGGCUAUGGCGUCGUGGGAAAUGUUCGAUAUAUGGUUAGGAGCUUUUUUCCCCCAGCCUUGCACCAACUUUUUUAGGCGAUGGAAAAAUGCGGCAUGAAUGUGAGAGAUUUGAAAAAGACAACUGAAUUCGAUCGGUUCAGGUUUUUUUUAACUUUUCAAAUUAUUCACUUAGUUUCCCAAAAAAAAAAGGAAAAUAAAUCAAAUGGUCUUCAUAGGCCGUUUCAUACUAUAAUUUUUGCGCAUUUUUGAAAUAUCUGAAUUGGUAUUCACUUUUUGAAAGUAUGGUCUAGGACAUGGAAAUAUUAUGCAUAAAAUGAGCAUACAUUAUAUAUUUCACCCGUGCUCCUUCUUCCUUUAAAAGUUUUUGUUUUUUUUUUCAACCCUGGACUAUAAUAAAUAUUCGCUCUCGAAAGUUGAUAAGAAUUAAUUUGUGAAGGAGCUAUAUGUAAACCGAGAGAACACGAAAAAUGAUGAUCGCACAGUUUUUGAUGAAAUUUUGCAGUAUUGGUACUUCGAUGUGGAUUCUGUACAAAAUGAUUGACGCCAUGAAAACCAUGCACACGUUGGGCUGGCUUCAUCGGUUAGCCACAACUUCUUCGCAAAAAAAUAUAUAGGAAAAACCACAAUUAUAUGACGCGCUGCCACAUAUAAAUGUGCCAGAAAAAAAAAGAAAAAAAGAAAAAAAAAAUAGAAAAGGCGCUUUUUCAGUUCUUCAAAUUUUUUCAAGCAGAAGGCUGAAAACUGUAUCUUUUUUUCAUUUAUUGAUCCACUGUGUAUGCGUUGAUCGAUCAGUGCUCGCUGAUAACUCAGAAAAUGGAAAAAAAAGUGUUUUAGGUAAAACGAGUUAUAUGUUUUCGAAAUAACUUUGAGAAUGGGAAGAGCUAUCUGAAACAAAGUUCGAAAAUACGGAAGUACCUAUUCAACUGUCAUCACUUUGAAGCAUAUGGUAUCGCCGUCUUGAAGAAUGUUUAUUUUUAUCAUUCUUUUAAUAAUUGAAGUUUAACGAUUUUCUCAGAGGAGGCGUGUUCUAAGUAAUUAGUUAGUGGGUAAGUCAAUCGGGAAAAAGUACAAGUAGCACCAGAGUAGCUUCUCCAAAAUCCUUCGGCGUAAGCUAAUUGGUGGUCAUUUACUAGCUUAAAGGUUCCAUCUCUAUGGUAUCUGGAUAAUACCGAAGAUGUAUAUGGAUACCAUCACUAUCCUACCUGACAUUUUCAAUGGCUAUAGUUAAUUCAAGAUUUGGGCAGAUGGGCAAGGAUGAAGUUUUGCAUAUCGGUGGACUCUUGGCGGGGUCCCGAGGUCAUGGAAAAAAUUUAGAAGAAAAUAAGUUUUUUUAUGAUUUUUAUACCUUUUUCGUUCAACUUAUUAUUUUGAGAACCUCUGAAAAAAUCUAUCGAAGAACCGUCCAAAAAGGAGAAAAACAUAAAGAAAAAAAGAGGCUCGCGUUUCUAGUUUCCCGCCAAAAGUUGCGCCAUGUACGAGUCAUCCUUGUCAAUUUACCCAUCUCGCCUUUCAAGUCGCAAAGGUUUGACAAUACCAGGUAGUCCGGCGUAUGCUACCGAGUAGCUAUUUUCCAGUGUUAGCUAACAAACGACAACCGAUUAGCUAACGCCCGUUGACCGCCAAGGCGGAGACGUAAAACCAGUGCAGAGACGUCAAACCGGCCAAUUUCUGCGUUGGGGCUCAUGACGGACGGUCUCUCUUCGUCCUCGACUUCGGAAUGAGCCGUUGCUUCGUGGCGCCGAACGGAAAGAUCAAACCACGCAAACCGCAUUGUUCGUUCCACGGCACCCUGCGCUACGUCUCUCUUAAUAUCCACCAUCGACAGGUUUCAGCUCAUUUCCGGGGUCUUUGAGUUGAACUUUCCCUAGGACGCCAGUACCUGGGACGACCUGUGGUCUGUCUACUACGUCGCCAUCGAGAACAUGGUCGGUCAACUACCUUGGCGUAAUAUUCCCGAUAAAGUCUUGGUAAGUUUUGGGUCUAUGAAAAUCCUAACCGAAUUUUUGUUGGUUGCCGAAUACAAGGCGUCUGCAAAACUCGCCGAAUUGGAGUAUGGGCAGGUUAGGAAGUAGUAUUUUUAAAAUAGAUCGUGACAUUUCUCCAAAAUAUAGCGGUCUGUUUUUUCUUCUCCUUUUCUCUUUUCUUAAUUCUUGAGUGACGAAGGCUCGUUUUAUAUUUUGCAAUCAAAUAGGAAACUCACCAGCCACAUUGCUUGUCAAUACUCAGCCACUACCUGACGGCCGCUCUGCAGAAAGCGGAGGAGUAUUUUUAUUGCCCGCCGCCAUACCAACUUAUUCUCAGUGAAGUGGUACGUAUCUUCUCAAAAACACAUUGGAGUUGACAUUUUUCAGGAAACAGACUUGUCUAGAAGAAAUCUGAGUCUUCAAAAUAUAAUACUAGAUUGGCAACAUUCAACAAAAAAAGAAACAAAAGUUAGUUUCAGGAAGAAAUUUUAUUAAAGGCAUAGGGGCAGUAAAAAACGGUGUUUCAGUUCAAAGCAGUAUUUUGUAGAGUUUUUCAUUGCAAAUCGAACGGUGAACUUGGAAACGUACAGAAAUUCCUAGUUUUGGAGAAAAAAUAAUUCAAAGUCUGUGAAAAGAAAGCUUGAGUUCCCGCGAAAAGGGCGCGUUGCAGUAAAGUUGCUCUAUGGACAAAAGGGUUCGCCAUCUUCCGGAUUUUAGCUUUUUUCUUCGUUUCUUUUAAUUUUCAAUUUUUUCUGUUGUCACCAGAGUUUUUUUCGUCAUCAAAGCCUUCGAUUCAUGUAUAAUUUGCGAACUUUGAUCGCAAAAAAGCUUUUCUGGUGAAAAAUGAUGAUUUUACACAAGUUUCGAUUGGGAUAGCGAUUAUUUGUGUUUUCUUUAUUAUCGGUAUGUGUUUUUUGUUUGAUUAAAUGUUUUUUUCAGAGAAGAAACCCUUAAUUUGAAGCAGAUACCCGGUUAUUUCUGACAAAAUGCGAGUCUAAUGAGACGUCCGCAGCAUCGCGUGCACGGCUACUGUAAACAGUUGUCUGCAUACCGAUCCAAAGCUUUUUUCAAAAUUAAAGGCGGGAAAGUGAAAUCGCGUUUUUCUUUUAAAGUUGUCACAUCUGUAAUUUUUUUGAGUACACCGUUCGAUUCGCAAAGAAAAACUAUACAAGAUACUGCUUUCACCUGAAACCCCAUUUUUAUUGCCCCUAUGCCUUUAAGAAAAAUUUAGCAACCAAUAGUUUUUUUAUACUGGUGCAUUUUUAAAUGUGCUCAAAAUUUUAUCUAAAAAGAAAAGACAACGCAAAAAUUUCAGAAUUCGGCUUACAUCGGAGACUACAUGUAUCACCAAAAAACGACCCCGAAAAAGGUCGCCUAAAAGCAAAACGAAUUACCAAUAACCGAAAUUUCACAGAAAGAACGCAUUGAAGCGGUUGGAGACUGUUGUCCAGAACCGCGGAUUCAUCACCAGAAUUACGCGCCCCGAGGCAACCGCUCUGUCUAUUUUUAUUGA